AUGGCUGCCUCCCUUAGCGCAGGCGAGCCGCUUCCAGAACAUGGCCCUGUGCACUGGACAGAGGACGAGGACCGCCUCGCUGCGUUAUGGCCCGACGGCGACGUGUCUGCCCAGGCAGGGUGGGACAUGCUGUGGCGGCGGAUGCAAGAAGAAGGCAUGAGCUGGGUAAGUCCAUGUCAAGGCGAAUGGAAUAUGAUCCAUGCGGUCGAUACACCCAUUGUCUACCGCCAUUUGUCUCCCGACGGCAUCUUGACGUGGGCCGGCAAUUAUACCAUGCCCCUCGAUCCAGCACAGCUGCGCGUGCAUCCUGAGACGGGGUACCUGUACCACCCCUCGCCUGUGCCGCCACGGCGGCAGCGGCGUGCCACGUCAUCCACACCGUCACCGUAUGGUGCCUACAGCCUUGUGGCAUCGCAUGUGGUGCUUCAGCACUUUGCCGAGACGCUCGAGAUCGAUAUCGAUCAGGGUGGCGGCUCUGUCGUCUGGCAGGGGCAGGCACACCGCUUAGCGCUCCUCGAUCCCCACGAGGAUCUCGGUGUGCCUCGACGCGUCGAGGUGGCGCACGCAUAG